AAAUAUCAGGCCAUAGUUCCUGGCGCCACGUUCCGACUAACGAGAAUCCUGCUGAUCACGUAUCUCGCGGUGUUAGCUUCGAGGAAAUGAAUUCCCUUGAUUUAUGGUGGUCCGGUCCUAGCUUCCUAAAGCGUGAUGCUUCGACGUGGCCACAGAAUCCGUGUACAGAAGUUUCUAAUUUACCUGAGGUUCGAACAGAAAUAACCUUGUCUGCUUGCAUUCAAGACGAGACUUUCAUUGACUUUGAACGAUUUUCAAACUUCUUACGGUUAAAACGCGCCGUAGCGUACGUUUUGCGCUUCAUAUCGGCUUGUAAAGGGAUGGCAGUAACUACUCAAUAUUUAAACGAUGUAGAAUUAAAAAACGCAUUAAACCUCCUGAUAAAAAUAUCACAAGCCGAAUCAUUACCUGAGUAUAAACUACUAUUAAAAUCUCAAACUUUACCUAAGGGUAGUCCACUGUUAAAGUUAAACCCCUUUUUAGACGAAAAUUCAAUCAUGCGUGUUGGUGGUCGCCUUGCAAACUCGGAAUUUCCAUAUGAGCAAAAGCAUCCCAUCAUCUUACAGUCCACUCACAAAUUUACAAAGUUGCUUUUCUAUUUCGAGCAUAAGCAUUUAUUACAUGCACCACCACAGCUUUUAUUAGCCACUAUUAAAGAGCGAUACUGGCCGAUAGGAGGACGCAAUUUGGCUAAGUUGUGUCAUAGACAGUGCGUCCUAUGUAUCCGAAUGAAGGGACGCGUACUUAGCCCUUUGAUGGGUAAUUUACCUAAAACUCGGUUGUCCCCCGAAGGCCACGUAUUCGUCAAUGUAGGCGUAGACUAUGCAGGUCCUAUCAACUCGGCUAGUCGUCAGGGCAGAGGUUGUAGGAUAGUAAAGGUGUACAUCGCCAUAUUCAUAUGCUUUACAACGAAGGCCAUACAUUUAGAGUUGGUUGGUGACCUAACAAGCAAUAAUUACUUGAUGGCUUUGAAUAGAUUUAUGUCGCGCAGAGGUAAGCCCGCUAAUAUCUACUCAGAUAAUGGGACCUCGUUUGUUGGCGCAUACAACGAAUUGUCAAGGUUCCUCAAAUCCAAUUGCAAUUCUAUUGCCGAAAGUGCGUCCAAUGUAGAAACGAACUUUCAUUUUUUGCCAGCUUACGCGCCACACUUUGGUGGUCUCUGGGAAGCGGGUGUAAAGUCAACAAAACAUCACUUCAACAGAGUGCUGGGCAAUUCUAACCUUACAUACGAGCAACUUAAUACUACUCUGGUUAGGAUUGAGGCAAUUUUAAAUUCUCGGCCACUCACCGCUCUGUCUACGGAACCCGACGACCUGAUGCCGCUAACUCCUGGACACUUCCUCAUCGGCCGUCCACUGACCGCGCUGCCAGCUCCUGACUACCGAAACCACUCCUAUAACUAUUUAACGCGCUUCCAACGGGUAGAACAACUGCGCCAGCACUUUUGGACUCGUUGGAGCAAGGAAUAUAUCUCGGAUCUGCAGCAAAGGGUCAAAUGGCAAACGGCCGGAGACUCUUUAUCCCAGAAUACUCUGGUUCUUCUAAAAGAAGAUAAUCUUCCCCCUUUGAAGUGGAGGCUGGGCCGCAUCGUUGCAGUUUUCCCUGGACGAGAUGGAAUUAAUCGCGUCGCCGAUGUGCGCACUGCUAAUGGAGUCGUCAGAAGGGCAUUCUCCAAGAUAUGUCCAUUGCUGAAUGCUGAUGUUCCCACAUAAAAGGCCAGCUUUCAGCGCGCGGGGGCAUGUUGGAGAACGCAGGAUCAUAACGCCUAACAAAAACCUCUCUGCAAAGCCGCCCGCACUCCUGUGCGCUACAACUUAUUAUAAUAGGAUUUUUAGUUUUAAGCACUUACACGUAAGCUUUUGUACCGACUGGUAAUAAAAUAGCCAUGUCCUAAAUUAAA